GUUUCAGAAGCCCCAAAAAGAGUCUCAUAUCUCUCAUCGGCGAGUCAAUCAAAGAAAGGGUUUUAAAUGUUUACUGAUAGUUUAAAGAGGGACUGCAGAUUAAGUGUUGGCAUCAAGUUUUCAGUGUUACUUAGGAGGGGAAAAAUAUCUUGUCUACAUGUAACUGUAUACAGGGCUAGUUCACCUUAAGGUGCCUAUCUGGCCCAUUUAGAAUUUGUGAAGUUGGUCCCAUAGCUUGUGCGUUUCCAUUGUUGUGUUAACAUAUUUUAUUACCCAUGUUACAUGUACCCCAAGGCGUGUGUUGGUUUUGAGUGUGUCUAAGUGUCAGAAAUUCCAAAUCUUAGAUACAGGGACUUCUUGAAAUGUGUCCAAAAACUUGGGUAUGGGCAUUUGGACACAACCGGCAGAUUAAAUACAUAAUUACAUAACAUAUUAUCUAAUGGUGUAAUUUGUAAUGUAUACUACUACUUUUCUUUAAAUAUAUAAUCAACUAUUAUAUAAAUUUAAUAGUACGAAACUGCUGUCUGUAUCAGUUUAAGCUUUUAUCGUGUCAUGUCCACACAAGGACGUUAAAGGGAACAUAACAGUUUAUUACCAAAUCCAACUAAAGCUCUCCAGUUCCCUAUUUGAGCUCAUAUCAGCAGUCUUAACGUAGAAAUACAUCUGAUACAAUAAAAUUUGGUGUGAGAUAUUCCAUCUCUUCUUUAAUUUUCUUAUCUCCCACUAGUUAUGUGAAAUCUAGUGUGAGAUGUUCUAUAUUCUUUUUUUAAUUCUCUUCUCACUUCCAAUAUCUUAGAUCAAGCCUUAUUUGUUUAACUUCUCUUUUAUACAACGAUUUAAUCAGUACAACUUAUAUUAUACUAGUCAAAUUCAUGUGUGAUGCUGCAAAGAGUAGAACAAUGCUUAAAGAGAAAUUCACAAUUUAUUUAGAAAAUAAAUUUCUAAAAUAAAUCAGAUCUGUCUAUAUAUGGCUGGAAUAGAAUGCUAAAAAGUAGAUACCUAUAGGGUAAGAAUGACAACAACGGAUUCAAAAGCAAUUUUGGAAACCAAUAAGGAUUUUUUUUAAAAGCAUAACGGAUUUGGGUAAAUAUAGUUACACAUAAAGAAAGAAUGUGACUUGGAAAGUCAGACUUUUGGGAUGAGUGCCUUUUUGGCAAUUAACUAAUAGACAUUUUUAGUUGUUUCUUGAAAACGAUAAAUUAUUGGGUACUCUCGGAGUACCGACAAUGUAGUAUCCGUAGCCAAUAGUGUUUUAUUAUAUCCUUUUAUUAAGGAAAAUAAUGAGUGUUCGUUGGCCGAGGGUACUACACAUACUUAGUACCCCCGGGGUUACCCAAUAAUUUUUCCUUGAGAGCAUAAUGGACUUUGUAUGUAGAGAAAGAACGUGACUUUUGAAAACUUAAUGACGUUUGCGAUUAACUACAAAUAAAUUUUAUUUUUUUUAGUUUUGUUGUGUAUACAUGAGGAGGCUAAUGGAAAGAUACAGAAUGAAGAAGAGAGAUUUCCAUAUGAUUUUUAUUGAUUUGAAAAAAAGCCUAUGAUAGGGUACCUACUACCUAGUGACCUAUUAUGGGAUUGGAGGGUUUUAGAAAGGAAAUGAGUCGUAAAGGGAUACCAAUAAAGUAUGAUGGUUAUGGGACUAUAAUUAGAUCGCCUGUUGGGAAACAAGUGAAUUCCCAAUUAUUGUAGGACCAAGGGUCAACAUUAAGUACAUACCUUUUUUCCCUAGUUAUCGACGAGCUAAUAAGACACAUCCAAGAUGAUAUUUCAUGGUGUAUGUUAUUUUUUGAUAAUAUUAUUUUAGUAGAUGAGACUAGAGGAGGAGUGAAUGCUAAAUUUUAGGUUUGGAGAGAAUCUUUAAAACUAAAAGGUUUAAGAAAAGUCAAAAUAAUAUCAAAUAUAUGGAGUGUAACUUUAGUAAAUCUAAAAAGACAAAUGAGGAUGUAGUGAGGAUUGAGAAUCAAAAGGUACAAAAGUGAACAUUUUUUUGGAUGGGUUAAAUGGAGGACUGCAUUCUAGUAUAUUGUGUGAUACACAUAUCCCAUUACGAUUGAAAAGGGAGUUCUUGUGGCGACUUGUGGGCGAGUGUGCCGUGGGUGGAUGCAAGAGGCACUGGCAGGCUACCACAUCGGGCGAGUUACAGGUGUACAAUCCUACAUCGCCUGGGUGUGGAAAGGGAAGUGCUAUAUAUGUAAAUGUGUCACUCCAAUUGGUAUGAGGCCUUUUGGGGUAAAGCCCAAGAGCAAAACCGUUUAGGCUCUGGCCCAAAGCGGACAAUAUCAUACCAUGUGGUAGAGUGGGUCGAUACAAAUGGUAUUAGAGCCUGACCAGCUGGAAUUGUGGCCAACGAGAACGUUGGGCCCCUAACGUGGGUGAUUGUGGCGACCUUGUAUGCGGGUGUGCCGUGGGCAGUGCAAGAGGCACUGGCAGGCUAGGCUACCACACUGGGCAAGCUACAAGUGCACAAUCUCACAUCGCCUAGGUGUAAAAAAGGGAAGUGUUAUAUAUGUAGGUGUGUCACUCCAAUUGGUAUGAGGUCUUUUGGGGUAAAGUCCAAGUGCAAAACCGUACGGGCUCAGGCUUAAAGCGGACAAUAUUAUACCUGUGGUAGAGUGGGUUGAUUCAAUUCUAUAGACCAACCAUAUUUUAUGGUACCGAAUGUUAGGCAAGUAGGAAACAACAUUUGCAUAAAGUGAGUCUAGCAAAAAUGCAAAUGUUGAGAUUGAUGUGCAGUAAAACUAUAAAGAAUAUAAUUAGAAAUGAUCACAUUUGGGAGAUAGUUGGAGUAGCACUAAUUGGAAAUAAAAUGAGAGAAAAAUAGUUAAGAUGAUUUGGACAUGUGCAAGAUGACCUUUAAGUGCGCCAGUUAGGAAAAAUAACGUGGUCCAUAUCGGGGGUAAUAUUACGAGAAGAGGAAGACCAAAGUUAACGUGGAUAGAGUAAAGAAAAAUAUGAUAGCAUGUAAAUUGAAUGAGGAUAUGGCCUUAAAAAGAGCGAAAUGGAAACAUAGGAUUCAUUUAGCAAACCUUAAAUAAUUGGGAAAAGGCUUAGUGGUGGUGGUUGUAUACAUGACUUUUGGGAUAAGCUAUGUCCUUGUGAGGUGUUUUGAUUUAAAUAGUUCUUUUUUCAGUAAACCGUUAUGUAGUUAAAAAGGAAAAAUAUUAGUAAUAUAUAGACGUGCAUAUACUUUUUAAAUAUGAAAAAAUAUAUCUUUUAGAUUUUCAUAUACGAUCUUAAAUUGUAUUAGACGAUAGUGCAAAGUCGUCAUUUCUACAACCUGUUGCUGAGAGUUUUUUUUUUUUUUUUCCUUGGCUAUUGUUUAAUUGUCAUUUGAAAGAUUCAUAUUUACAUAAAGUUAUAUGUAGAUUAGGGGUGGCAAAUUACGAAACGACGGCACAAACACGACACGAUUUAAUAGGGUUUGGGUUUGGCAUAAGCGGGUUUGGGUCAUAAAAGGAUCGACACGAUUAACCCGUUUACUUAAUCGUGUCGGGUUAGGGUUGAGGGGUUCAACUCGUGUAACCCGUUUAACUUUCCAUUUAACUUAACAUAUCAUAAUCGUGAAUAUGACCUAUGUAAUAUGUUACAUGUUUAAACUCAAUUACUAUGGAUAGUUAAGUCAUUUCAACAUAAACUUUGUCUAUACUUUAUGAUUUUUCUUUUUAUUUUGAAUAUUUGGGUUAAUUAUGACAAUUUUUUUCUGUUAUUUACUAUUUGAUUAAAUAUUAAAUGUCUCGUUUUGAUAAACAAGUCAUUAAACGGGUUAAUACGUUUAUUUGUUUAAUAAACAGGUUGGGUUAGUGUUGAGGAUUCUUGACACGAUUAUUAAAUGGGUUGGGUUUGGGUUUACCUAUUUAGUAUAAUACUCUUACAUCAACAUGACACGAACACGAAUUGCCACCCCUAAUGUAGAUGCAUGCAGGUUUGUACCAAGCGCAAUAAAAUGUCGUGGAAGAGAUUCGUGAAGACCAUGCCGUUGAUAUCAGAACCCACACGAAAGAGGAAAGCUUUUGAAUUUGCAAAAGUGGUUACAAAGAAGCCAAGGAAAAAAUAUGUUAAUGGUGCUGAUGAAAAGGUUGACACCAGAGAUUGGAUCUCAAAUUUGCCGGAACCCAUUAUUCAUCAUAUCCUCUCUUUCCUUCGUUGCCCAAAAGAUGCUGCCCGGACUAGUGUAUUGUCCAAAAAGUGGAAUAGCAUAUGGGCUUCACUCCUCACAUUCAAUUUUGAUCAAAAGAGCUUUGAAACAGAAGGAAAAGAACAGAAAAAGAAUUUCAAAAUUUUUGUCGAGAACUCCUUGAAAGGCCGACUCAAGUCAAUGCAUUGUAUACAGAAAUUCAGGCUAUAUAUGACCUCAUUUGAUUUAAAUUUGGCUCCUCACAUGGACCGCUGGAUCAGUGCUGCUACUCUGAGAAAUGUAAAAGAGCUGGAUAUUCAUGUCCCAUUGAAAAAGAGGAGAUGUUACAGUUUGCCUGAGACUGUCCUGACAGCAGCGACUAUAACUUCGUUGAAGUUAUAUGGCUGUAGGGUGGAGUAUUGCAGUGAUAUUAAGCUCUCUCAUCUAAAAGAAUUAUCUGUAAAGAAAGCCCAUGUGAAUUAUUUUAUGAUGCAGACUUUGAUCAAUAGCUGCCCUUUGAUUGAGGAUUUGAGACUCAUAGGGUGCACUGGAUUAGCACGUCUACAUGUUUCAACACUUCAUAAACUCAAUAGAAUUGAGCUACAUGAGUGCUGUGGGCUCAAAGCAGUUGAAAUUGAAGCACCAAGUCUUCGAACUUUUUGGUACCAUGAGAAGAUAGAGAGGCCAUGCAAAAUCAAAUUCACAGCCUGCGAAAACCUAAGAAAUUUGACAUUGAAAGAUACAAAAAUGACAGAUGAGUUGUUACAAGUUCGGAUUUCCAUGUUUCCAGUCCUCGAGAAUUUGGUCUUGAAGGAAUGUAACACUGUGAAGAGAAUCACAAUUUUAAGUCAAAAACUUGAGAGGCUGGCCCUAAUUCGAUGCAAUAAACUGGAGGAGGCCAGUAUUGAUGCACCCAAUUUAUAUUCAUUUGAGUAUACCGGUGAUAAAAUGCCUUUCUAUUCCAUGAACACUCCAGGUCUGCAUGAAGCCAAGCUUCAUUUUGAAUCGAUACAAAAUAAGUCUACAACUUGUCCUGAACAUAUAGAAGCCAUUUGGUCCAAUAUGAAGGGAUCUAUUGGAAAGUUUGAUCAAGCCUUUGUUUGGUCCAAUGCAUUGGAGGAAUUUCUGGGGAAGUUUGAUCAAUCCAAAGGUUUGAAAAUGGUUGUACGCGUUGAUGAGAAUGUGAUUAUUCAUGAAGAAUUGAGCAAAAUCCGGUUCCCUCUAUUUAAUGAUCUCAAGUUGGAUAUUAUCAAGUCAUCAAUAGUACUAGAAGAUCUCAUAAAUAGUUCAUUACGGAUGGGUCGCCACCCCGAGACUCUAGCAGUAGUAUCAUCUUCCAGCAGUGAAUUCCUCAAGGUCUUGUAUGAGAAGUUGAUGAAGAGAGAAGAGAAUCCGAACUGCUGUAAAUAUUACAAAAUCAAAUGUUGGAGGCAUGAUUUGGAAGAUGUUAAUGUUGAGAUCUGUGAAGAAGCUGAGAAUGGGACUCAUCCAUUGUAUUCUCGGCUGGAGUCAUCUUCUACUCGGCAACAAAGAACUACUUUUAAGUUAAAUUGGAAAUCUAAUGUACAAAUGGAAGAUGAAAAUUCCAUUAAGGCUUAGAUUUAGAUACAGUAUUUAUGUUGUUUUAUGACGGCAAACAGUUGGACUUCUAUGAUUGAAUUGUUGGUGUUUGGUAA